GUUUACUUACGCUAGCGACAGCAAGCAAAGAGUCUCAUUUCACAUUUCACUGCAUCAUAUAAGCAUAUAUGCAGUCAUCUUCGACAUCUUUCUACCUACUUUCAUCUGCUUAUGUUUACCAACUCAACAUUGGGAAAGUCGGGGUCAUACCUAUCGAGAUCCGAGUUCCCCAAACCCUACCUCGGACUUGCGCCUAGGCUUCUGCUGGAUGCGUGACGAUCUUCAACGGUCUUCAACGGUGAGAGCUUUGCGCCUUGAACGCGCCAUACCCCUAGAGGCGUCUACCCGUGGAUGCAGGCCAUUCGUCGUCUCGCCUUUACUGCAGAGGAGGACGCCUAGACGCCGGCCUGUGUUGGCGUUGACGUCCUGAACCGAUGUGUCAACAUCAUUCGGGAGAAUCUCAACCCUCCCGUCCUGCAGGGGCGUCAGCGGCGCACGAUGACUCGGAUACUCCCCUAGAGCCCUUUCCCUGGGACGCAGGGGUGUUCGACGCCCACUGUCACCCAACUGAUACCAUGGCGUCGAUGGCUACUAUACCAAGCAUGCGGACCCGUAUUCUGACGGUCAUGUCCACCAGGUCUCAAGAUCAAGACCUAGUGUCUAACGUGGCGCUCGAACAUGGCCUUCAAGACAGAAACGAGUCUAUUCCUUCGUCCUCUAGCGCCGCCCGGGUUGUACCAUGUUUCGGCUGGCACCCGUGGUUCUCUUACCAGUUCUAUGACGAUGCCUCUCCCGAGUUCUCAUAUGACGGGACGCCGGAAAGUAAAAUAGCACACUAUAAUAGGAUAUUGGCGCCCGCUCCUUCGACUAAAGAUGUGGCAUUUAGUGAACAUCUUCCGGACCCGCGACCCCUAUCCGAGUUUUUGAAUGAAACGAGGUCACGGUUGGAGAAGCAUCCUCUGGCUCUCAUCGGCGAAGUUGGACUAGAUAAAGCAUUUCGCCUUCCGCAGAACUGGACUUCAGCCCACCAACCCCAACGCGAUGAGGGACUCACACCUGGUGGCCGCGAGGGUAGAAUGCUGAGCCCCCACCGAGUGCAGCUGACCCACCAGGUUGCGGUUCUCCGGGCCCAGCUCUCUCUCGCGGGCGAGAUGGGUCGCGCCGUCAGCGUCCACGGAGUGCAAGCCCACGGCGUGUUGUACGACACCAUGGCCAAAUUAUGGAAGGGGCACGAGAGAGCGGUACUGUCGAGGAAAGAGCAGAAACAGGUUGCUAUGGGGGUGGAGGACUUCUCGAGUUCCUCUGAAGACGAAGGCGAGGAGGAACACUAUACUAGACCUAACCUCAAAGGGGAAUCCUGGACAACCCCGGACUCUAGCAAACCUAAGCCGAAGCCAUACCCUCCGCGGAUCUGCCUGCAUUCUUUCAGCGGCCCCGUCGAGGUCCUUAGACAGUAUACCCAUCCCUCGGUGCCGGCAAAGGUCUUCUUCUCGUUCUCGGUUGCUGUCAACUGGAGUUCGGGAGGAGGCGACAAGACCGAAGAGGCUAUCCGCGCCACGCCUGACGACCGUAUCCUGGCCGAGAGCGACCUACACACGGCCGGGGAACAGAUGGACCUGUAUCUCGAGGAAGUGUACAGGAGAAUUUGCCAGAUCAAGGGGUGGGACUUGCGCGAGGGCGUCGAGCGGUUAGGAAGGAAUUGGAGAGAAUUUGUAUUCGGCUAAGGUUCCCUCGCCGGAUGGCAUCCCCCCUUUCAUCGUCCGCCGCAGGGAAGAAGGUUCCCGCCGGCAGGCCUAGCACGAUACCACCUGGCCCAGACAUCGACAAGUCGAGGCCCGGUUCG